CCAUGCUGCAUGGAUUUAAGCACACAGCCCGCAUGAGACAAGGCAGAAUACCACAGCAUAGCCUCCUCUGGUUUAGAUAAGGAGUAGGAUGCCUCUGCAGUACGUGGUUACCAUCUAAAAGACUUUAUCAUCUAUCACCUAUCAUCUAGCUCCAUCUAUUCAACUAUCCCUUUGCGUGACUGCAAGAAGUUAGAGAAACUACAAAACUACAGUAACAAACUACAGGACUAAAGGAGUCCAUCAGUCAGUAUAGCUUCUUCAACAACUACAGACAACAAGAGAACAUCAUCUGUGUAUGUACUUAACUCCUCUGUGAACUGAAGGGGGCAGGGCAUUUGACCUGUGCUACAGCUGUGCUACUCUGAGGCGUUACGAAAGUGUUACUAAAGUGUUACUAAAGUGUUGAAGUUGAAAGUGGAUUAUGGCACCAGUACCGACCAAGCUGAAAAAGGCUUUCAUUGCUGUGGAUGUCAUUAUUGGGGUUCUUGGAGCAGUAUGGUUGGUCGUACUUCUAUUUCUCCAUGGGGCUAUGCACAGUCAAGUUGAGGCUGAAGUGAUGUCAGCAGGUGCGUGGGCCGUUUCUUUGAUGUACGCCUUUGGAGUAGUCCUGGUAGCCAUGUCUGCCAUAGGGCUCUACGGCAUCUUGAAGAAGAAACAAUGGCCGCUGAUUGUGUUAUCUGUUGGUGUGUGUGUGGUCAUCCUGGUAUUGCUUGUCUGCAGCAUCCUAUUUAUUCAUACACUAAAAAUGGUGAAAGACUUGAUUGUUUUGCAUUACGGAGAUAUGGACCUCAUUAAGGCGCACAAAGAACUGGAAGAAGCGUUUGAGCGUAUCCAAAAAGAGGCUAAAUGUUGCGGAACUACAACUGGAUAUUCCGAUUGGAAGGGCACCAUUCCAGUAUCCUGCCACUGCCCCACGAUAAUGACAUCCUCUAUGCAGUGUAUUCCUGUUACAAUUGAAGACGAGGAGGUGCUGGUCUUUGGACAGCCGUGUCUCCCAGUGAUAAUCCAGUCGGGUCAGGCUUCAUUGGACUUGGUGAUAGGAGUGGCCGUCACGUAUUUGUUGUUAUCGACUCUAGGACUGGCCUUGGCCUGUGCAGUUCUGUGUCAGAUGAGGAAGAAGACCAUUGCUCCACCAGUGUCUUUUACGACACAUGAAAGUGACUCAAAAUAUUCUCAACUUUUGGCUUGAAAGGGUCUAAUGCGAUUUCCCUUCCCUGGCUCAAAUGUGCCUGGACUGAGAAGUGGCAAUAUAUUACCCACCAAUACUUGUUCACCAUCAAUAAUGUAAAAUGAAAAGAAAAUCACUGCACACUGAUUCUGCUCCUACACUCAUAUGAUGAAGACUGAUCAUGUGCACCUAUGUCUGCAUCGCAUUGUUCAAGUAUCCAUUUGUGAACUUGUUUGCCUUGUUUGGGCACUGUGAUGAAAGGUGUUUUGUUUUACACACAUUACUCAGGGUCAGAUUCAGGUUCAGGUAUUAUAUGACAAUCAAGCCUAGAGUGCCCUCUCACAGCUGCCAAUGCAAAUGAAAUAAAAUAAGAUGUGAAAUUAUUUUCUUUUUUAAAUAAAUAAGUCAAACCUUAGCCUAUUAAGCACCUUCCAAUCCAUGGAUCUAGUGUUGUCUUUCACCCCCAAAAAAUGCAGUCUUCCAUCUUAAGAUGACACAUGAUCACAGAGGUUAUACCCUCCAUGUACAGUAAAAUGUGAACACAAAAUGUUAAGUCAUAGGAAUAUAAAACUGUAUCACUCUGACGUAUGAGGCAUUUACACUUUGUUCAAGUUUCACUUUUUCAUGUAGCCUAACUAAAAACAUGCAAAAGUGACUCUGAGGAUGCACGGACAAUACUCUGGAAGUCGUCUGUAGAACAAUAGAGAAAUGUGGGCUUGAAACCUACUUAAUCAUCACUCUAGAGAACCUCAAAGAGUGUAAGAGCCAUGUAAAUAUUGUCGACUUUUUCAAAUUUUGUAAAUGUGCUACAUCUAGUUUUGUGAGAGAAAUAUGUCAUGUUUUUAUUAUAACAUUGGGUUUGUACUGUUGAAAUUCUUGAGGAUUUUGUACUUUUGUAACUCUGAUCAAUUAUUUGAUUAACUGCAUGUCCAAAUACUUACCUGCAGAUUUUUAAAAAAUGUUUAUCAAACAUGACCUGGAGAAGGUCUUUGACCAAAACAUCACAAAUAAAAUCCUUUUGUGAUAGCA